UUCGAGUCCAGGCCUGCCGCCAAGCUGGUGACGGCGAGCUGCGUGCAGGCGUGGGGACGCUGUGACGGGGUGAACGUCACAGUCAUCGACACGGCUGACAUUCUCCACCCGGGCGCUGCCACCAGCGAGGCGUACAAAGAAAUCGCCCGCUGCGUCAGGCUCUCCUCCCCGGGCCCCCAUGCGCUGCUGCUGGUAACCCCGCUGGGCCAAUUCACCGAGGAGGACGCGGAGGCGGCGCAGAGACUGCAGGACAUUUUUGGAGCCGAUGUUCUGAGGCGCACCGUCGUCCUGCUGACCCACGCAGAGGCGCUGGCGGGGAGGCCGCUGCAGGAGCACCUGCGACGUGGCGGCAGCGAGGCGCUCCAGGACCUGAUCCUGCAGUGCGGGGGGCGGUGCUGCAGCUUCAGGAACGGGGCGGCGGGGCUGGGGGCGGAGCAGCAGGCGGCCAGGGUGAUGGGGAUGGUUUGCCGGGUGCUGCGGGAGCACGGGGGCACGUGGCACAGCAGCGCCAUGUACCUGGAGCCCAGUCUGACGGAGGAGAAGGUGCGGGAACACAUGGGGAGGCACAGAGCAGAGAGGAGGAGGAGGGAGCGGGCCAGAGCUGAGCCGCAGAGGAGAAUCGUGGCUUGCGGGAUCCUCUACCCUGUGGCGCUGGGCUCAGGGGUACGGGAGCAGGGGACAACAGCGAUCUCCUCCCGGCUCCAGGCCAGCCCAUCUGGGUUUCCUGUCCAAUGCCAUUUCAUUGUGGCAACGUUGCCAGAGCCACAGAUGCCUCUGAGGGCCAGCAAAGGGCUCCGCAGAGCCGAGAGCAUCAGUGAAGCACCAGGGUGA